AUGGCAUCCCGUGUGGCAGCCAGAGAGGCUCUAGGUUUCCGCGAGGUCCCGACCCUGUGCUUAACCACGGGCCCUGGCACGGAGUCGGUGGGCGAGGUGGGGCCGGAGGAGGAAGAAGAGGACGAAGAGGCAGCGGCGGCCAGGAGGGCUCGGAGUUUCGCCCUGGACGCGCGGGUGCGCUUCCUCGGAGGCCGCCUGGAGCAGCUGCUGGGGCUCCCGGAGGAGAAAUGGAGCCAGCACCUGGAGAGCGAAGACAACCGGCAGGUCCUGGGGGAGUUUCUGGAGAGCCCCAGCCCCACCUUCCUUGUGUUCGGCGUCGUCGCCGCGAAGCGGCUCACGGUCUCCCGAGAGAUUCCAAAAGAUACAAAACAUAACCUUCUUUAUGUUACCAAGAAGACUCCUGAAAUCCUGGAAGUAAAUGAUUUCUCUCAAAUGGUUUUAUUUGGAGAGCUACCUGCUUCCUCUCUUGGACACAUAACUACUUUCAUAGAUGAGAUUUUAGUGCCAAUUCUUUCUAAUAAGAACAACCAUAAAUCCUGGUCCUGUUUUAUUUCACAAGAUAUGGAACGUCAUGUAGAAAUUAUGAAAAAUAAAAUGCAUAUUUUUAGGGGCAAAAUGUUGAGAAGAACUCUUCUACCAAUUCCCACUGUUGCAGGAAAAAUUGACCUGGAUCAGAAAUGUUCAGAGACCAAGCUCCAGCUGGAUGAAAGGACAAUACUCCAUGAAAUUGAGUCAGUGGUUAUUAAAUGGUCACAUCAAAUCCAAGAAGUUGUAGAAAAAGAUUCAGUGCAACCUUUACUAUAUGGUCUUCACUCAAAUCCUCAAACUGAAUUAGAUUUCUGGACAAUGAGGAGAGAGAAUCUAUCAUGUAUUUAUGAUCAGCUUCAGACUCCUAUUGUCCUCAAAAUGGUUAAGCUCUUGAAAACUAAACAGAGCAGCUAUUUUCCAACUUUAAAGAACAUUUUCAUGGCUGUGGAAAAUGCUUUCCUUGAAGCCCAAGAUGUGGAACUUUAUUUAAGUCCACUGAGGAAACACAUUCAGUGUCUCCAGGAGAUGGAAUUCCCACAGACGCGUAUAUUAAUCGUUCCAUUACUUCAUACUAUCUUUCUGAUCUGGAGUCAUUCCAAGUUUUAUAAUACUCCCGCUCGGGUUAUAGUUUUAUUGCAGGAGUUUUGUAAUCUCUUCAUUGGCCAGGCAAUCAUUUACCUUUCUCCUGAAGACCUUUUGAAAGGAGAAAUUGAAGACUCCCUGGAAAAGGUGCAGGUGGCCAUUAACAUCUUAAAGACUUUCAAAAAUUCUUUUUUCAACUACAGAAAAGGUUUGCCAAGUUGUUCUAUUGGAAAUAAGGAGUUGAAACCAUGGGAAUUCCAGUCUCAUCUGGUUUUUCAUAGAUUUGACACAUUUCUUGACCGUUUCAUGAAAAUAGAGGAUAUAUUUGUCACCAUACUGGAAUUUGAAAAGCUGGAAAGACUUGAAUUUGGCGGUACCAAGGGAGCAAUUUUAAAUGAACAAAUCCAUGAGAUGUGUGAAGAAUUUAUGGAACUCUGUCAGGUUUUUAAACAGAGUACUUAUGACCCAUCUGAUUGCAAUAACAUGGAAUUUGAAAGUGACUAUGGCAUGUUUAAGUCAAAAAUAUUGGAUUUUGACAGAAGGCUUGGGACAAUUCUUUGUGAAGGUUUCUUUAAUUGUAAUGGUUUAGAAGCUGCACUUAAGCUUUUGACCCUAUUUGGAAAUUUUCUAGAGAAACCAGUUGUCAUGGAAAUUUUCAGCCCACAUUAUAGCACACUGGUGUACAUGUUUAAUGCAGAAUUGGAGAUGUGUCAGCAAUUGUAUAAUGAGCACAUGAAACAGAUUGAACAUGGAAAUGUGGUUCUUAAUAAAAAUAUGCCAUUUACAUCAGGAAAUAUCAAAUGGGCCAAAGAGGUCCUUGAACGACUUCAAAUGUUUUGGUCAAGUUUUGCAUCUCUGCAUUACCUAUUCCUGGAAAGUCCUGAAGAGGCCUUAGUUUAUCAGCAGUAUGUUGAAAUGACAACUUUGCUAGAUCAAUUUGAAAGUCAUAUCUAUAAUGAAUGGAAAAGUAAUGUGGAUGAAAUCUGUGAAUUCAAUUUGAAUCAACCCUUGGUUAAGUUCAGUGCCAUAAAUGGUCUUCUCAGUGUGAACUUUGAUCCAAAGCUAGUGACUGUUUUGAGAGAAGUAAAAUAUCUCUUAAUGUUGAAGAAGUCAGACAUACCGAAUUCUGCAUUAGCCAUCUUUGAAAAAAGAAACACUAUCUUAAAGUACAUUGGAAUUCUUGAACUUCUCGUGCAAGGAUAUAAUACAUUGAAACAGAUUCUUCUGGAAGUUGAAUACCCCCUGAUUGAAGAUGAGCUCAGGGCUGUUGAGAAGCAGCUCCAAGCAGUGGCGACAGGGCUGACGUGGCAGCAUGACUGCUGGGGGUACGUGGAGCAGGUGAAGGUGACCACCACAGGGUUGCAGCGCCGGGUGGAGCACACACAGAGCAACGUGAAGGCCAUCCAGCAGAUGGUGAGGGCCUGGGCGCAGAGCCCGCUGCUUCCCAGGAGGGAGCACAGAAGGGAGGCCACCUUCACUUUGGAGGACAGAGGUGAUUUGUUCACUAAAAAAUACAAGCUCAUCCACGAAGAUGGCUGCAAGAUACACAGCUUGGUAGAGGAAAAUAGGAAGCUCUUCAAUGCCAAUCCAUCUCUGGAUACCUGGAAGAUUUAUGUAGAAUUUAUUGAUGACAUCGUAGUAGAAGGCUUUUUUCAAGCUAUAAUGCAUGACUUAGACUUCUUUCUAAUGAACACAGAAACACAGUUGAAACCUGCACCAUUUUUUCAAGCACAAAUGAUCUUAAUGCCCCCAGAAAUUCUGUUUAAACCUUCCUUAGAAAGAGAUGCUGGGGAUGGCUUCUAUGAUCUAGUAGAAGAAAUGCUAUGCAGUAGUUUCAGAAUGUCUGCCCAAAUGAAGCGAGUAGCAGGACAUCUGGAAAUAGAAAAUUACCAGAAUGACAUGGAUAACAUGUUAGGUCUGGCAGAGGCCAGGCAGGAAAUAAUGAAGAGAGUUGUGGAUGUUGUUAACAAAGUCUUGGACUUUAGAAAUACCCUGGAUGCCUAUGCUUACCUCUGGGUGGAUGACCGGACUGAGUUUAUGAAGCAUUUCCUUUUGUAUGGCCAAACUUUAUCAUCUGAUGAUUUGGAUGCUCACACCAGUGAAGAAAUAGCUGAACAGCCACCGACCCUCGAACAAUUCAAAGAACAGAUUGACAUUUAUGAAGCUCUGUACGUUCAGAUGAGCAAGUUCGAUGACUUUAGAGUGUUUGACAGUUGGUUCAAAGUGGACAUGAAGCCUUUCAAAGUGACCUUGCUGAACAUUAUUAAGAAAUGGAGCUGGAUGUUUCAGGAGCAUCUUUUGAGAUUUGUCAUUGACAGUCUGAAUGAGCUACAAGAAUUUAUAAAGGAAACAAAUGCUGGUCUUCAGAGAGAAUUGAGUGAAGGUGAUCAUGAUGGGUUAGUGGACAUUAUGGGGCAUCUCCUGGCUGUGAGAAGCCGACAACAUGCUACUGAUGAGCUCUUUGAACCACUAAAAGAAACCAUCACACUCUUAGAAACCUAUGGCCAGAAGAUGCCUGAGCAAGUCUACAUUCAACUAGAGGAAUUACCUGAAAGAUGGGAAACUACCAAAAAGAUUGCAGCGACUGUCAGACAUGAAGUUUCUCCUCUCCAAAAUGCAGAAGUCACUCUUAUAAGAAAAAAAUGCAUUUUGUUUGAUGGAAAGCAGACUGAGUUCAGAGAGAAAUUCAGACUCAAUGCUCCUCUCAAUUUUUAUGCAACAAACCCAUACAGAAUGCUUGAUAAGGCAAAUCAAGAACUUGAGGCAUUAGAAGAAGAAAUGUUGCAGAUGCAAGAAUCAACUCGCCUCUUUGAAGUGGCUCUUCCAGAGUACAAACAAAUGAAGCAGUCUCGCAAAGAAAUGAAAUUACUCAAGGGACUCUGGGAUGUCAUUAUUUACAUUGGAAGAAGCAUUGAUAAUUGGACUAAAACCCAGUGGAGACAGAUUAAUGUGGAACAGAUGGAUGUAGAACUCAGAAGGUUUGCCAAGGAAAUUUGGUCACUAGACAAGGAAGUCCGUGCCUGGGAUGCUUAUGCAGGCCUGGAGAGCACUGUGAAGGACAUGGCGACCUCCCUGAGGGCCAUCGCAGAGCUGCAGAGUCCGGCCCUCAGAGCCAGGCAUUGGCACCAGCUGAUGCAGACCACUGGGGUCAAGAUUUUAAUAAACGAAGCCACAACUCUGGCAGAUUUGUUAGCUUUGCGGUUACACCAGGUGGAAGAUGAUGUCCGAAACAUUGUGGACCAAGCAGUUAAAGAACUCGGGACUGAAAAGGUUAUUACAGAAAUCAAUCAGACCUGGGCGAGUAUGGAGUUCUCUUAUGAAGUUCACUAUCGGACAGGCAUCCCAUUAUUAAAGUCUGAUGAACAACUUUUUGAAACUCUAGAACACAACCAAGUUCAGUUGCAAACACUUCUUCAAAGCAAGUAUGUGGAAUAUUUCAUUGAACAAGUCUUAAGCUGGCAAAAUAAAUUAAACAUAGUAGACUCUGUUAUUUUUACUUGGAUGGAAGUCCAACGAACUUGGUCUCACCUGGAAAGUAUCUUUGUUUGUUCAGAAGACAUUCGAAUCCAGCUUGUGAAAGAUGCUAAAAGAUUUGAUGAAGUAGAUGCUGAAUUUAAGGAAUUAGUGUUCAAGACAGCUAAAAUAAAAAAUGUUUUAGAAGCAGCAUGCAGACCUAAUCUCUAUGAAAAACUUAAAGACUUACAGUACAGGCUUUCUCUUUGUGAAAAGUCUCUUGCUAAAUACCUGGAAACCAAGCGUGUGGCUUUUCCACGCUUCUAUUUCAUCUCUUCUGCAGACUUACUUGACAUUCUCUCAAAGGGAGCUCAGCCUAAACAGGUAACACGUCACCUUGCCAAGCUCUUCGACAGCAUCACAGAUCUGCGGUUUGAAGAUGAUCAGGAUGUUUCAGCACACAGAGCAAUUGGAAUGUACAGCAAAGAAAAGGAAUAUGUCCCAUUCCACGCCCAGUGUGACUGCACUGGCCAUGUGGAGAUGUGGCUUCUGCAACUGGAACGGACCAUGCAAGAAACGGUGCAACAUGCUAUCGCGGAAGCCAUAGUGGCCUAUGAGGAAAAACCUAGGGAACUCUGGAUUUUUGACUUCCCGGCUCAAGUUGCACUGACUAGCUCCCAAAUCUGGUGGACCACAGAUGUCGGAAUAGCCUUCAGUAGACUGGAAGAAGGUUAUGAAACGGCUCUGCGGGAUUUCCAUAAAAAACAGAUUUCUCAAUUGAAUGCACUGAUUGCACUUCUUCUGGGAGAACUUCUACCUGGAGACAGACAAAAAAUCAUGACAAUUUGUACUAUAGAUGUCCAUGCCAGAGAUGUGGUGGCAAAACUUAUUUCUCAGAAGGUUGUCAGUCCCCAAGCUUUUGCUUGGCUGUCUCAACUCCGUCACCAGUGGGAGGAUACCCAGAAACACUGUUUUGUUAAUAUUUGUGAUGCACAGUUCCAGUACUUUUACGAAUACCUUGGAAACAGCCCUCGACUUGUGAUCACUCCUCUGACUGACAGGUGUUACAUUACCUUAACUCAGUCACUUCAUCUCACCAUGAGCGGAGCUCCAGCUGGCCCAGCUGGUACCGGGAAAACAGAAACCACCAAAGAUCUUGGACGUGCCCUGGGCAUGAUGGUCUAUGUGUUCAACUGCUCAGAACAAAUGGACUACAAAUCCAUAGGAGAUAUCUAUAAGGGACUGGUGCAAGCAGGAGCGUGGGGCUGCUUUGAUGAGUUCAAUCGAAUUUCUAUUGAAGUUCUGUCAGUGGUGGCAGUCCAAGUGAAAAUGAUACAUGAUGCCAUCAGAAACAGGAGGAAGAAAUUUGUAUUUCUUGGAGAAGCUAUCACACUGAAGCCAUCAGUUGGAAUAUUUAUUACUAUGAACCCAGGAUAUGCUGGCCGUACUGAAUUACCGGAAAAUCUCAAAGCUCUUUUCAGACCCUGUGCCAUGGUGGCCCCUGACGUUGAGCUAAUCUGUGAAAUCAUGUUAGUUGCUGAAGGUUUUGUGGACGCACGCUCAUUAGCCCGAAAGUUCAUUACAUUGUACACGCUCUGCAGGGAGCUUCUCUCCAAGCAGGACCAUUACGAUUGGGGACUUCGUGCUAUUAAGUCUGUCUUGGUUGUAGCUGGCUCCCUGAAACGAGGGGAUAAAAAUAGACCUGAAGAUCAGGUGCUCAUGAGAGCUUUAAGGGAUUUCAAUAUGCCUAAAAUAGUGACUGAUGACACCCCCGUGUUUUUGGGCCUGGUCAGUGACCUGUUUCCAGCCCUGGAUGUACCCCGGAGGAGAGCACCACACUUUGAACAGAUGGUCAGGCAGUCUACCCUGGAACUCCGCCUGCAACCUGAGGAAAGCUUCGUUCUCAAGGUUGUCCAGCUUGAAGAGCUGUUGGCUGUGCGGCACUCUGUGUUCGUGGUUGGAAAUGCAGGCACAGGGAAGAGUAAGAUUUUGAGAACACUGAACCAAACAUAUGUUAACAUGAGACAGAAACCCAUUUGGAAUGACUUAAACCCUAAAGCUGUGACAACAGAUGAACUCUUUGGUUUCAUACAUCACGCUACCCGAGAAUGGAAAGAUGGCAAGAUUGUGUACUCAACUUAAGGUCUCUUCUCAUCCAUUCUGCGAGAACAAGCAAAUCUUAUGCAUGGUGGACCCAAGUGGAUAGUCCUGGAUGGAGAUAUUGAUCCCAUGUGGAUUGAAUCACUAAAUACUGUCAUGGAUGAUAACAAGGUGCUCACCUUGGCCAGCAAUGAGCGUGUAGCCCUCACUCCCUCCAUGAGGCUGCUCUUUGAGAUUCAUCACUUAAGCACAGCGACCCCAGCUACUGUUUCCAGAGCUGGUAUUCUGUAUGUGAACCCACAAGACCUGGGCUGGAAUCCGUAUGUGGCCAGUUGGAUAGACAGAAGGCGGCAUCAGUCAGAGAAGGCCAAUUUAACUAUUCUUUUUGAUAAAUAUGUUCCAACAUGCUUGGAUAAGCUGAGAACAAGCUUUAAAACCAUCACUUCAAUCCCAGAGAACAGCCUGGUGCAGACUAUUUGUGCUCUUUUGGAAUGUUUAUUGACGCCUGAAAAUGUACCUUCUGACAGCCCAAAAGAAGUUUAUGAAGUGUAUUUUGUCUUUGCUUGCAUCUGGGCAUUUGGUGGCACUCUGCUGCAAGAUCAGCUUUCUGGUUGUCAAGCUGAAUUCAGCCGGUGGUGGCAUAAGGAGAUGAAAGCAGUGAAGUUUCCAUCCCAGGGAACAAUCUUUGAUUAUUAUCUGGACCACAAAACUAAGAAAUUCUUGCCUUGGACUGAUAAAAUCCCAAAAUUUACAAUGGAUCCAGAUGUACCCCUGCAGGUAGUUUUGGUUCCCACAUCAGAGACAACGCGUCUUAGAUACUUCACAGAGUUAUUGCUGAAGAAAGGACAGCCACUGAUGCUAAUAGGAAAUGCUGGGGUGGGAAAAACAGUGUUUGUCAGUGACAUGCUGGCAGGUCUCUCUGAGGACUACAUGGUGUCCCGUGUGCCUUUCAACUAUUACACGACAUCUGCAGUUCUGCAAAGAAUUCUUGAGAAACCUCUAGAGAAAAAGGCUGGUCAUAACUAUGGCCCUGGGGGAAAUAAAAAAUUGGUUUAUUUUAUUGAUGACGUGAAUAUGCCUGCUGUGGACUCAUAUGGCACUGUUCAGCCCCACGCACUUAUUCGGCAGCAUAUUGAUUAUGGACACUGGUAUGAUAGACAGAAGGUGAUGCUUAAGGAAGUCCACAAUUGUCAGUAUGUUGCCUGCAUGAAUCCCAUGGCAGGCAGUUUCACAGUCAAUCCCAGGCUACAGAGACAUUUCACAGUAUUUGCAUUCAACUUUCCAUCCUUGGAUGCACUGAGCACCAUCUAUGGCCAGGUCCUUAGUUUCUAUUUCCAACAGCAAGCAUUUAAUCCGGCCGUUCUCAAGAGUGGUCCCACUUUGAUUCAGGCAACAAUAACGUUCCACCAGAUGAUGGCACAGAACUUCUUACCCACAGCUAUUAAAUUCCACUACCUCUUUAAUCUGAGAGACCUAACAAACGUCUUCCAGGGGAUCUUAUUUGCUUCUCCUGAGUGUUUAAAGAGUCAAGAUGACCUAAUACGCCUCUGGCUUCAUGAAUCUUCUCGUGUUUAUGGAGACAAACUGAUAGAUACAAAGGAUUGUGAUUUGUUUCAGAAAAAAUUGCUGGAAACUGCUUAUAAAUGUUUCAAUGGUGUUGAGAGCCAUGUGCUCCUCCAGCAGCCCCUUAUUUAUUGCCACUUUGCUAAUGGAGGAGAAGAUCAAUGUUAUAUGCCAAUGAAGGACUGGGAGGUGCUGAAGAGGAUUCUUACAGAGACAUUAGACAACUAUAAUGAGCUAAAUGCUACCAUGCACCUAGUGUUGUUUGAAGAUGCCAUGCAACAUGUGUGUCGCAUCAGCCGGAUCCUCAGGACCCCUCAGCGCCAGGCGCUCCUGGUGGGGGUGGGCGGCAGUGGGAAGCAGAGCCUGUCCCGGCUGGCUGCUUACAUGUGCGGCCUUGAGGUCUCUCAGGUCACCCUCACUGAAGGUUUUGGCAUCCAAGAAUUUCAGGUAGAUCUUGCCAAUUUGUACAUCAGAACUGGAGCCAAGAACAUGCCCACUGUGUUCCUGCUGACAGAUGCCCAGGUUCUAGAUGAGAGCUUUCUCGUGCUGAUUAAUGACUUGCUGGCAUCAGGUGAAAUCCCAGAUUUGUUCAGUGAUGAAGAUGUGGACAAGAUAAUUUCUGGGAUUCGAAAUGAAGUUCGUAGUCUGGGCAUGGUGGACUCGAGAGAAAACUGUUGGAAAUUCUUUCUGGCCAGGGUACAACUGCAGCUUAAAAUCAUUUUGUGUUUCUCUCCAGUUGGUCACACGCUGAGAGUUAGAGCUCGGAAGUUCCCAGCCAUAGUUAACUGCACGGCUAUUGACUGGUUUCAUGCGUGGCCACAGGAGGCUCUAGUCUCAGUCAGCAGGAGGUUCAUUGAGGAAACCGAGGGAAUUGAGCCACUGGAAAAAGAUUCCAUUAGCCUUUUCAUGGCACAUGUUCAUACCAGUGUAAAUGAGAUGAGUACCAGGUAUUACCAGAACGAGAGAAGACACAACUAUACCACCCCAAAGAGUUUUCUAGGACAAAUAUCACUGUUCAAGAACCUGUUAAAGAAGAAACAAGAAGAGAUAUCACAGAAGAAAGAACACUUGGUGAAUGGAAUCCAGAAGCUAAAAACUACAACCUCUCAGGUGGGAGAUCUAAAAGCCAGACUUGCCUCUCAAGAAGCUGAGUUGCAACUGAGAAAUCAUGAUACGGAAGCUCUGAUCGCAAAGAUUGGGCUUCAGACAGAGAAAGUGAGCCGGGAAAAGGCCAUCGCCGAUGCAGAGGAGCGAAAGGUGACUGCCAUCCAGACUGAAGUGUCCCAGAAACAAAGGGAGUGUGAAUCUGACUUACUCAAGGCCGAGCCUGCGCUGGUAGCUGCCACAGCCGCACUCAACACACUCAACCGGGUCAAUCUCACUGAGCUGAAAGUCUUCCCCAACCCCCCAAAUGCAGUUACCAAUGUUACUGCAGCUGUGAUGGUCCUUCUGGCUCCCCAGGGCAGAGUGCCAAAAGACCGUAGUUGGAAAGCAGCUAAAGUCUUCAUGGGAAAGGUUGAUGACUUUUUGCAAGCAUUAAUUAACUAUGACAAAGAGCACAUUCCAGAAAACUGUCUGAAAGUGGUGAAUGAGCAGUAUUUGAAAGAUCCAGAGUUCAACCCAAACUUGAUUCGGACCAAAUCUUUUGCAGCAGCUGGUCUUUGUGCUUGGGUCAUCAACAUUAUUAAAUUCUACGAGGUGUACUGUGAUGUGGAGCCCAAGCGCCAAGCAUUAGCCCAGGCGAACUUAGAUUUGACUGCAGCUACCGAAAAAUUAGAGGCUAUCAGGAAGAAACUUGAGGAUCUUGAUAGAAACCUGAACAGACUCACAGCUUCAUUUGAAAAAGCAGUAGCAGAGAAAGUUCGGUGUCAAGAAGAGGUGAACCAAACCAACAACACCAUUGACCUAGCUAAUAGACUCGUCAAGGAGCUUGAGGCAAAAAAGGUUCGCUGGAGUCAGUCUAUUACAUCUUUAGAAACCCAGAAUAAGACACUCUGUGGAGAUGUUCUCCUCACCACAGCCUUUGUGUCUUAUGUUGGAUCCUUUACGAGACAGUAUCGCCAGGAACUGGUGGACUGCAAGUGGGUUCCCUUUCUUCAACAGAAGGUUUCCAUCCCAAUAAGUGAAAACCUGGACUUGAUCACCAUGUUGACAGAUGAUGCAACAGUUGCUGCGUGGAAUAACGAAGGUCUGCCCAGUGACAGAAUGUCGACUGAAAACGCCACUAUCCUAACACACUGUGAGCGCUGGCCCCUGCUGAUAGAUCCCCAGAAACAGGGAAUCAAAUGGAUCAAGAAUAAGUAUGGAACAGACCUGAAAGUCACACAUUUGGGCCAAAAAGGGUUUUUGAAUGCCAUUGAAACUGCUUUAGCCUUUGGAGAUAUCAUCUUAAUUGAAAAUCUUGAAGAAACAAUCGAUCCAGUGCUCGAUCCACUGCUUGGCAGGAACACAAUUAAAAAGGGGAAGUAUAUCAAGAUUGGAGAUAAAGAAUGUGAAUUUAAUAAGAACUUUCGCCUUAUCCUUCACACAAAAUUGGCAAAUCCUCAUUAUAAGCCAGAACUGCAAGCUCAGACAACUCUCCUCAAUUUCACAGUUACAGAAGAUGGUCUAGAAGCCCAGCUCCUGGCAGAAGUUGUCAGUAUUGAAAGGCCAGAUUUGGAGAAACUCAAGUUGGCUUUGACAAAGCACCAAAAUGACUUUAAGAUAGAGCUGAAAUAUCUGGAGGAUGACCUUCUUCUUCGCCUUUCUGCAGCAGAGGGGAGCUUUCUAGAUGACACCAAGCUGGUAGAGAGACUGGAGAUAACAAAAGCAACUGCAGCUGAGAUCGAGCGCAAGGUGAUUGAAGCUAAAGAAAAUGAAAGGAAAAUUAAUGAGGCUCGAGAAUGUUACAGACCAGUGGCAGCAAGAGCAUCUCUUCUAUACUUUGUAAUUAAUGACCUCCGAAAAAUAAACCCCAUCUAUCAAUUCUCUUUGAAGGCUUUCAACACGCUCUUCCACAGAGCAAUCGAGCAGGCUGACAGGGUGGAGGACAUGCAGGGGCACAUCUUGGUCCUAAUGGAGAACAUCACCCACGCUGUGUUCCUCUACACCAGCCAGGCACUGUUUGAGAAGGACAAGCUCACCUUCCUGUCUCAGAUGGCUUUUCAGAUUUUGUUGAGAAAGAGCGAGAUAGACCCUCUUGAAUUGGAUUUCCUGCUUCGAUUCACAGUUGACCACACUUACCCGAGUCCUGUUGACUUCUUAACUUCUCAGUCAUGGAGUGCAAUUAAGGCAAUAGCCCUUAUGGAAGAAUUUCGAGGCAUAGACCGAGAUGUGGAAGGAUCUUCCAAGCAGUGGAGAAAGUGGGUAGAAUCUGAAUGUCCAGAAAAAGAAAAGUUACCACAAGAAUGGAAGAAGAAAAGUUUAAUACAGAAGCUAAUUAUUUUGAGAGCAAUGCGCCCUGACAGAAUGACUUAUGCUCUUAGGAACUUUGUGGAGGAAAAACUGGGUGCAAAGUAUGUGGAGAGGAGCAGGUUGGAUUUAGUCAAAGCAUUUGAAGAAAGCACUCCGGCUACACCAGUGUUCUUCAUCCUGUCCCCUGGGGUAGAUGCCCUAAAGGAUCUGGAGAUUCUUGGCAAGAAACUUGGGUUCACAAUUGACUCAGGGAAAUUCCACAAUGUGUCUCUGGGACAAGGUCAGGAGUUGGUGGCAGAAAUGGCACUGGAGAAAGCUUCCAAAGGAGGACACUGGGUCAUACUCCAGAAUGUUCAUUUGGUAGCCAAGUGGCUAGGAACAUUGGAGAAGCUCCUUGAAAGAUUCAGUCAAGUUGGCCACAGAGAUUAUAGAGUUUUCAUGAGUGCUGAGUCUGCACCUACACCCAAUGAACAUAUCAUCCCUCAAGGACUCCUGGAAAAUUCCAUUAAGAUCACUAAUGAGCCCCCCACAGGAAUGCUGGCCAAUUUGCAUGCUGCUCUCUACAACUUUGACCAGGAUACACUGGAAGUAUGUUCCAAGGAACAGGAGUUUAAAAGCAUCCUCUUUUCUCUGUGCUACUUCCAUGCCUGUGUUGCCGGAAGAUUGAGGUUUGGCCCACAGGGCUGGAGCCGAAGUUACCCCUUCAAUCCCGGAGACCUCACCAUUUGUGCCAAUGUCCUCUACAACUACUUAGAGGCAAACCCUAAUGUCCCGUGGGAAGACCUCCGGUACCUAUUUGGUGAGAUCAUGUAUGGGGGCCACAUCACAGAUGACUGGGAUCGCAAGCUGUGUCGUGUGUAUUUAGAAGAAUUUAUGAAUCCUUCUCUGAUAGAAGAUGAACUAAUGCUGGCACCUGGAUUUGCAGCCCCACCAAAUCUUGACUAUCAGGGCUACCACCAGUACAUAGAGGAGAGGCUUCCUCCAGAGAGCCCAGCCCUGUACGGCCUCCACCCAAAUGCUGAAAUAGAGUUCUUGACUGUGAUGUCCAACACGCUCUUCAGAACUUUGCUGGAGAUGCAGCCCAGCCACGCGCUCAGCAGUGAGGAGCUGGGGCAGUCCAUGGAGGAAAAGGUUAAGAAUAUCUUGGAUGACAUUUUGGAGAAACUUCCAGAAGAAUUCAAUAUGGCAGAUAUAAUGCAAAAAAACUCAAACAGAAGCCCCUAUGUCCUUGUUUGUUUCCAAGAAUGUGAGAGGAUGAACCUUCUUCUUCAGGAAAUACGUGUAUCACUUCAACAAUUAGACCUCGGUUUGAAGGGGGAGCUGCCAUUGUCUCCUGACAUGGAAGCACAGCUGUCCUCCAUGAGUUACGACGUGGUACCAGACACCUGGCGCAAAUUGGCCUGUCCAUCCACUUACGGCCUGGCCCAGUGGUUUAAUGACCUCCUCAUGCGAUGUCGAGAACUGGACGCUUGGACACAAGACCUCUCCCUGCCGGCUGUGGUGUGGCUUUCUGGCUUCUUCAAUCCUCAGUCCUUCCUCACUGCGAUUAUGCAGACCAUGGCUCGGAAAAAUGAGUGGCCACUGGAUAAAAUGUGCUUGACUGUUGAUGUCACCAAAAAAACGAAGGAGGAUUAUGGCCAUCCCCCAAGGGAAGGAGCUUACUUGCACGGACUUUUCAUGGAAGGUGCCAGAUGGGAUACCCAGUUGGGAACCAUUGCCGAAGCCCGCCUCAAGGAGCUGACGUCCACGAUGCCCGUCAUUUUUGCAAAGGCCAUCCCCACAGACAGACAGGAAACCAAACACACCUACGAGUGCCCGGUGUACAAAACCAAAAUGAGGGGUGCCAGCUACGUCUGGACCUUCAGACUGAAGAGCAGAGAGAAGACAGCCAAGUGGGUCCUGGCAGGCGUGGCUCUCCUGCUGGAAGCCUGACGGCCCCGGUGAGCAUGCGCCA